AUUAAAACAAGAUUAAAUAAAACAGUAUUAAACAAUUCCCAGUUAAGAAACAUUAAAACAAAUUCAAAGUUAAAGACUACAGUACCUUCUGAAUUGAUCUUGAAAACCUUUAUGUUUAAAAGCCCAUCUGAAUAGAAAGGUUUAAGCCUGCCAUUGGAACGACAGGAGGGAGGGGCUAUUCUGGCUUCUAUGGGCAGGAGUUCCAGAAUCAAGGAACAGCCAUCGAGAAGGCAGACCCGCUCUCUUGUUCCCACCAACCAAACAUGAGAUGGAGGUGGGACCAAGAGAAGGGCCUCUCCUGAAGAUCUCAGCACCCAGGAAGGUUUGUACAAGGGGAUGCGGUUGGCCAAAUAGCCUGGACCUGAAUCAUCUAGGGCUUUAUAGGUCAUAACAUUUGAAUUGUGACUGGAAACAGACUGACAGCCAGUGGGGCUGCUGCAAUAGCGAGGUUGUCCGCUCCCUGUAACCAGCCCCAAUUAUGGUAGCAACCUGGCUGCAGCUCUUUGGACCAGCGGAAGUUUCCAAGCACUCUUCAGAGGCAGCCCCACAUAGAGCAUGUUGCAGUAAUCCAGACGGAAUGUAACUAAUGCAUGUACCACCAAGGCCAGAUCUGGUGUCUCAAGGAUUUUGCUGAAAAGGAAAAAGCAGCAGCAAGAGCUCUGGAAGAUGUGAAGGCUAACUUCUACUGUGAACUAUGUGACAAGCAGUACCACAAACACCAUGAGUUUGACAACCAUAUCAAUUCCUACGAUCAUGCUCACAAGCAGAGACUGAAAGAGCUAAAACAAAGGGAAUUUGCACGGAAUGUGGCUUCAAAGUCCUGGAAAGAUGAGAAGAAACAGGAAAAAGCACUCAAACGACUCCAUCAGCUGGCUGAACUGCGGAAGCAGUCAGAAUGUGUUGCCGGAUGUGGACCUCUGGUGAACACUCCCCAGGUGAUUACAGAAAAACAGCAGCAACCACAAGAAAAGUCUCUUUUGGUCGAGGAAAGCAACACCAAGAACAGAGCUGAAGGACAAAAUCUCCCCAGCAGCACUCCAGAGAAACAGCAGGAGGUUUUGCCAAGUAAGAACCAAUCUUGCAUAGAGAGGCACCACUUGCCUAGAAAUCGGACCUCUCCAGUAUUCUCCUGUGGAACAAAUUCCUGUAAUCGUGCUGGCGUGUCUUUUUCAUUCUCUAAGAAAGUUCAUUUGAAGCUUGAGUCAUCAGCAUCUGUCUUUAGUGAGAACAUGGAAGAUGCAUAUGAUUGCAUCAGAUCGCCUAGGCAUAAAGCAAAACAGGCUCCCAAAGAGUGCCAUGGUUGCAUACAUAUGAGUGAUGAGAGGAGAACAAAUUUGCAAAAACGGUUAAAUGCACUUCAAGGUCACCCAGGUAGCAUUGCAUCCUGCAGUCUGUUUGGAAAAAGGAAAAUGCAGAAAGCACAUGAUCAGAACACUGGCAGAGAACAAGUGGAAACCCAUCUUUCUUCUUGUAAUGAAAAUUUACAUCUUCUAGAUUUGGAAUAUGUUGGGUCUCCAAAUGUAAAAGAACAAGAAAGACUUCAGAAUGAGACUCAGAAAUGCUUGGAAACUGUUAUUACAUCUCACCUCCCAACUAAUAAUGUCUGUAUGCAGGAAAAUACUUACAAGCACAGUGAUGUCCUGUUUGCAGAACAUGUCCCUGAGUCCUCAGGCCAACUGACAUCCAAGCAAAGACAUCCAUGUGAAGUAAACUACAAUCCUUGUGCAUUUAAACAAUCUCCUGAUUGUUCAAAAACUGUGGGUGCAAAUGGUGAAACACCAAGGAGUGAUUCACUGGUGCAUGAAAUUAAGCCUAAAGCAUUGCCUUUUCUUCAUGUACUGAGUAAAGAUGGCAGCACAGCUUUACGAUGGCCCACAGAACUCCUAUUGUUUACAAAAACAGAACCGUCUAUUUCAUAUGGUUGCAAUCCAUUAUAUUUUGAUUUUAGGCUCUCUUUGUCCCAUAGAGACAGUGAACACAAUGAAAUCAAUAUGGAAGGUCCUAAAGAGUGCUUUAAAAACAUGGACAUUGAUGAAAUUGAAGCCUCAGGUCUAACUGAGCUCCAGCUGCUGUCCAAUGAACCCGAUAAUCAAUCUUUGAAGCCAAAGAAGAAGAAAAGAGCUGUAAGCCUCAACAAGUCUCAGCCAAAACUGGAACCAGACACAGAGAAUGAAAUGAAUCAGUGUGUGUCAAAGUACAUUUCAGAUGAUUCAAAUGAAAGUAUACCAGAAGUGCCUGCUCACCUGAAUUGCUCACAAAGGCAUUGCACAAGAGCAACAAGUCCUCAUACAACAAUGCAUGUGAGAUCUCUAGCACAGCACUUGCAGAACUUUGAACAAACACUACAGGAAGAGGUAACGCAAAAUAUUUGCAUCUAUCCUUUGGUGGCUUCUAGGACAGAAAAGCAAACUUGUGCAAAAUGUGAUUUAAUCUAUUCCCAAAGACAAAACAAUCUGAAUUUGGUCACCUGCCCCAGUGACAUAAAUGACAGCAGGAACGAUUCCAUUCUGGGUUAUACCUUCGGUUCCACUGGGGAGUGUUUAGAAAAGGAAGACGAUGGGAGUUUUGCUGGUUGCUGGAAAUUUUCUCAUCUGCAAAAGCCCUUUUCUGACAGACAGUCUAAUUAUUCUGACACCUCUGCUAGCAGCGUGACUAGUUGCUACUCUAGUCACAGAUCCAGUGAUCACAGCAGAAGUCAUUUGCCUUUUUGUUAUAAAAGGAAACAAAAGCCGGUUGAAAGGCAAAAAUGUAAACACAAAAAGCACAAUUGCAUUUCAUCUUCUGAUGAUGCAGAUGAGGAUUGCCAUUUCAACAAAAAAAGUCAAAGAGUUAGAAACUGUACACAGAGGCAUACAGUAAAAUAUCAAAGGCAUUCAAGAUAUAGGCAUUUACUACAAAGAGACACAUCAAAGCCAACCAGAAAUAGACACCCUCUCUGUAAACACAGCAGGGGCAGGAGCUACAGCAAAGGCUCCAAAGGUUCUUCCAUCCAAGAUUCAGGAAGCAGCGAAAGAUCAUCCAGUGGCACCAGAUCAAGAGGCAGCAGUUCAGGAUCCCUUACUAAAGGAUCAAUGCACAGCUGGAGCGAACACAAAAGGGAUGUGAAAAGCAAUGACUGUGCUGAACCAGGAAAAUCAAACUCCGUACACUUAGAUUGCCGGUAUCUCAGAUGCCCAUCAAAACAUAUUGGAAUUUGCUCCAUCAGCCACUUUGAAAGAGAAGCACUGGGACAGCGGAAGUCAUUAACUGCCAAGCUACUUUUAGAGAAGGUGAACUCAAAGAGAAACCAAGAGCAAACUCAGAACACUGAGAAUUUUUCAAAUACCUGUGAAAUAGGUCUCCCCCAUAGUCAACCUGGUGUUAAAAGCACGUCUUUAAUGGCUGGAGAAGUCAUGUUCUUUUCCCCCGAGAAGGCCCUCAGCACCACGGCAAUAGAAAGCAACAGUGAAGACAACAAUCAAGUUGAUAUUUCAGCAAUAGAUAGUGUUACUCUUACUGCUAAUGCUGCCUAUGGUAAUUGCCUGCUUAAAGACUUAAUUCAAAGAGGAACAGGCUUCCAGACUCCAAAUAUGGAAAAGGGUGCAGCAAUAAAGGAGCAAUCUAAUGUCUUACCUGGUGAAAUGCAAUCCCUUCUACCAAGCUGUGAUGCAGUGCCAAAUGACUUUUCUGGUGCUUUCCCUUCUCAUACAUAUUCUGUUGUUGCAAAUCUAACAGAGACCAAAGAAGAACACAAUGCAAAUGUGAACUUGAAUGGGGAGGGAAGUAAUCUAAACUGUUACUCUGACAGUGCUAUGCAUAAAUCCAGUGAAACAGAAAGCAGUAAAUGCAUCUCCUUUCCUUUAACACAGCAACCUAUUACAUUUUCUCCUGAUGAAAUAGACAAAUACAAGUUUCUUCAACUGCAGGCCCAACAGCAUAUGCAGAAACAACGGCUGGCAAGGCAUCUCAAGGUCCUGCCUGCCGCAGGGCCAACGGCCUUCUCCACAUCCCCAGCUGUUCAACCCAUUCCAAUUCAGCAACAGUCUUCUGUUUCCACGCUCCACCACACACUCCUACAAAGCUUUGCUUUGUCCACUGGAGUCCAUCCUCAUGGUAGCCAUCUUUCCCUCGCUCAUAUACAUCCAUUUUCACAAGCUCAGUUUGCUCCCAUAUCCCUCUCGCCUUUUACUCCAGCCUUCAUGCCUGCACAUUCGGGACUGCUAGCAGGACAUCCAUUCCAUUUAGUAUCUGCAACUCCCAUUCACCCUUCGCAUUUGAUGUUCCCACCUCUGCCCCAUGCUGCAUUUAUUCCUACCUUGUUCGCUCCACAGCUGAAUGCAGCUGCAUCAUCAGCCAUACAUCUGAAUCCCUUAAUUCAUCCGUUAUUCCAGAGCCAGGAGAUUCAUCGUCGCUCUUGACUAGAUUGAUUGUGGUGGUUAUCCAAUGUGGGGAGAGGAACAGAAUUUAAAUUAUUUAAACUAAAAUUAAAGCAUUAUUGCCCCUUGCGUUAAAAAGCAAUUGAGAUGGAAAUUCCCAUUUAAGAAUCGUUUGAUUGUCUAUCAUAAAGGGAACUCAACUCACAGCUUAUAUAUAAAGAGUUACAUCAAGAAUGCAGAGGGAAUCUAACUUUGGCUGUAAUGGUACAUGAAGGUUAAUGUGAUGUUUCAUUGUGGGCUUUUAUGUUUCAUGUUUUACGUGAAAUCCGAAAACCUGUUCAAUGAAAAUCUGUUUCCUUCUUUCUCUUCUCGUUUUUUUCUUCUUCUAAGCAAACAACAAGGAAGGAUAAUUACUAGUCUUCCAUGUCAGCACAAGUGUCAAUUUCCUCAGGAUUUUAGUCCAAACUUUAAAAGAGUUAUCCAGCAUUUUGAACCCAUUUGGAGGAUAGGACUGAUAGGUCCUUUUGAAUUUGGACUAAAACUUCUUAUCGACAUGAAAGCCAAGAGCUGCCACUGGCAAAACAUAUUCAGUUUAUCUCUAGCAGUGCUAUCCCCACAACCAUUGCUUUGAGAUAAGAUACAACUGGUUCUGUGUGAGUGCUAUAUUAAUGCUAAGAACAGAAUCCCAUUUCCUUCCCCUUAUCUGGAUUGUUGGGCAGGCAUCCAAAACAAGCAGCUAUCUCCUCCAAGCAAACAACCUUGCCAGAACCCAUCAAACCAUCACAUGGGGGCAUAGGUAUAUGAAUGUCAGUCAGUGGAUGCACUUUUUCAAUGGUGGGUUGGCAAGCUUCUCUGUCUGUUUGUUUCCUGCUCGAGAUUAUGCAACUUGACUUUCACUAAACCAUGUUAUCAAUAGCAGAGAAAUUUAAUCUGACUUGUACUAAACUGUCAGUUUAAGAAGUCCUUGAAAAUGCAGAGAUCUGUGAUGGUUUCGAUUUGUGAGAAUUAUGUCACACAGACUGGAAGAUACAUUUAGAUAUCUUUCAAAAUCACAUGGUAAAUAUAAUCCUUAACUUUGCUGUAUUGGUAUGCCUGCAGUUUUAGUACUGAUUGGCAGUGAAUGUUCUCGGUUUCCAGGAGAAUUGUUUCCUAGCCCUACUGGAGAUUCUUGGAGUGCUUUCACACUGUACCAUUAUGGUAUUAUAAUUCCACUUUAAAUGCCAUGGCUGCAGUCUACGGGAUUCAAAUAUGUAGUUUGGUGAAACAUUAGAAUUACCUAGCUGAUCUUCUAAGCAGCUUUGAAUUUCCUUGUGGAGAGAAAAGUGGGGUAUAAAGAAAAUUAUUAUUAUUAUUAUUAUUAUUAUUAUUAUUAUUAUUAUUAUUAUUGACACAAAGACAUAGUAUGACACAGCAAACAAGAUAGAUAUACUGGAUUUUGUAUCACAAAAUCACACGUCGAACACUUCCCAAGUGUUUAGGACUGUGUGAUGUAUUUUGGAUGAUGCGCGCAGAUCCCAGUAGGGUGGCCUUUUGCAGUUGGCAGGUCAUAAUUUUGUCAAUGUCGGGGUUGUUGUAUGUUUUCCGUGCUGUAUGGACAUGUUCUAGAAGUAUUCUCUCCUGACGUUUCGCCCACAUCUAUGGCAGGCAUCCUCAGAGGUUGUGAGGUAUGGAGAAACUAAGCAAGGAAGGUUUAUAUAUAUCUGUGGGAAGUCCAGAGUGAGGGAAGAACUCUUGUCAGUUGGAAAGUAGCUAGUAGAUGUAGCCAUUCAAUGCAAAUUAGGGUGAUUAUCUGCAACAUUUACGCUGGCCUCCAACUGACAAGAGUUCUUCCCUCACCCUGGACUUCCCACAGAUAUAUAUAAACCUUCCUUGCUUAGUUUUUCCAUACCUCACAACCUCUGAGGAUGCCUGCCAUAGAUGUGGGCGAAACGUCAGGAGAGAAUACUUCUAGAACAUGUCCAUACAGCCCGGAAAACAUACAACAACCCUGUGAUCCCGGCCAUGAAAGCCUUCGACAACACAUUUGUCAAUGUCUAUUGUUUCCAAAUGCCGGCUGAGAUCUUUUGGCACGGCACCCAAUGUGCCGAUCUAUUAUUAUUAUUAUUAUUAUUAUUAUUAUUAUUAUUAUUAUUAUUAUUAUUAUUAUUGAUCUGCCCUGUCAUUAAAAUCUCAACUCCAUAGGUUGUUGCUAUGGUAGCUAAAGUAGAAUCAUAGCACUAUAUUGUGUGGUAUUGGGAAGUCAUUGGUUUUGAACAAGAUUUUAGGACUAAGAACCUCAUCAGACACAGUCAUCUUUGUGUCUUCUUCCCAUUUCUCUGCACGGCCAAAACAGAGUCCCACAAAGGCCAUCACAUGACGCAAGGUCACUUCCAGUGGGACUCUGUGGGGUCCUGUUUCCGCAGUACAGAGACACUGAGCCCAGAAUGCCUUGUGAGGAGUCAAGUGUGACCUGACUGCAAACAGGAGAAAGCAGGGGAAAGAUGGACCUCGAUGAGGACGUGGGAUGGCAGAAGACAGACCUCAGCGGAAUGGAAUAAGACGGCUCCCUCCACUGUCCCUCACUUUCCCCCUACUGGUGUUUUAGGUUCCACUUUUUUGUUCUUGUUUUUUUUUUUUUUGCUGGAAUAAAGUCCCUGGAGAACUUCUCUAAAACCAAAUUCCACACUUGGAAAGUGUUCCCCAAUAUUUCUUUAGAAAGAGCCAAUGUGCUACCUUGUGCAAAAGUCGCCUGCCUCUUUGCAAGUAGCAAAACUGAGAGGUCAGGGAAGUUUUCUUUGUAGGGGGAGAAAAAUGAUUAAAUGAACCCAGUCAACCAUCAGUAACUGUGUUCUUGUUGUUAAGGUAUCUAUGUAAAAUACUGAUCAUGUCUAUUUAUUAUGCAGUUUUGCAAAAAUAAAUAAAACACACAAUUUUAAAAAUUCCUCUUGAAUCAUUUUUCAAAGUGUUUAGUUUAUAUAAAAACUCAACAAUACUCUGGCUAGUAUAAUCUGUAAAUUGGUAAUUUUGUUUUGUAUUCUCUGUAAAAAGUGUUUUAUAUAAUACAGUAGAUAAGUGAAUUGCACUAUUGGACAUGCAAUGCAGCUUUUCUUGAGGUUGUUCAGAAUGUUCCUGGGAAUGUAGUUUCAUGCAAUAAUUUUUUUUUCAAAAAAGCUUAAUGGCUGAAGGAGUGUCAGUCAUGAAUUUUUGAAUACCAUACCAAAAGGCAUCCACAAAAUAAAAUGCAGAUGGAGCAAACAGAACUAAAAUCAACCUGUAAUCCUGGUUUUUAAGGCUAUUUCUUUUUUUAAAAAAUAGCAUGUAUUAUUAGAGUUGUUUAAAUGGCUCUAUCAAUAAAUAUACCUUUUAAAAAUAA